CGGAUAAAAUCAUAAUAAGAACUCAAUCACGCGCACACUCACUCACUCUCACACAACAAUCUCUUCAUCAUCAUGAACAGGCACGAUGUCAUCAACACGUGUCUGCCGGACGAGUCAAUUAUGGAAAUCUUCCGGCACCUCGACUCGGAAACGAGCCGCGACGCGUGCUCGCUCGUCUGCAAGCGGUGGCGCGAGCUGGAGCGCCUCAGUCGCACCUUCCUUCACCUCAGCACCCUCGAUAGCUCCAACCACUUCUCUGAGCUGGCUCGCUGCUUCGUCAACGUCAAAAGCAUUUACAUCGACGGGAAACCUUCUAGAAAUUCGCCGCGUUCUCUAUCGGAUGAUGUAUUGGCUUUGCUUGCCGACAGCUUUUCAAAGCUUGAGAAUUUGACCUUAGCUUUUUGCCCCGGUAUUGAUGAUUCGGGUUUGAUUUCCGUUGCUCACAAGUGCAUGCACUUGAAAUCUCUGGUUUUGGAGGGUUGCAGUGUUGGAGAUUAUGCUGUAGCUGCUGUAGGAAAGUGUUGUAAGCAACUUGAAGAUCUGACUUUGCGUUCCUGUAAAGAGUUGACUGAUGUGGGUCUAGCUGAUUUGACUCUUGGUUGCGGGAAAUCUCUAAAAUCUCUUAGUGUUGCCCUUUGUGUGAAGAUAACUGAUUUAUCAUUAGAAGCUGUGGGGUCUCAUUGUAAAUCUCUUGAAACCCUGUCAUUGGAUUCUGAUUCUAUCCACGAUAAAGGAGUGCUUGCUGUGGCCCGAGGCUGUCCUCUUUUGAAAGUUCUGAAGCUACAAUGUGUUAAUGUUACAGAUGAGGCUUUGAUAGCUGUGGGAACUCAUUGUUUGUCUCUGGAGUUGCUGGAAUUAAACACUUUCCGAAGAUUUACUGACAAGAGUUUGUGUGCUAUUGGGAAUGGGUGUAAGAGGUUAAAAAAUCUCAGUCUAAGUGAUUGCCCUUUCUUGACUGACUUGGGUUUGGAAGCGAUUGCCGCAGGUUGCAAAGAACUCACAAAUCUUGAAAUUUACUGUUGCCAAGAUAUUGGAACUGUAGGACUAGAGUCAAUUGGACAAUCAUGUCGGUGCCUCACAAACUUAGCUGUGUUUCAAUGCCCUCUAAUUGGUAAUCGUGCUUUUCUUGAAGUUGGAAGGGGUUGUGAGUUCUUGCAAGCUCUUCUCUUAGUAGAAUGUUCUGUUAUCAAUGAUGAUGCCAUCUGUGGCAUAGCUAGAGGCUGUCAGAAUUUGAAGAAACUUCAGAUUUGUCGAUGCGAUGAGAUUGGUAACAAAGGACUUACAGCAGUUGGUGAGUACUGCAAAUCUCUGACUGACCUUAGAGUUGAACUUUGUGAUAGAGUGGGGGAUGAGGGCUUGAUUGCUGUUGGUGAGGGUUGCUCCUUAAGAUUUCUCAGUGUCAGUGGCUGCCAUGAAGUUGGUGAUGCCGGAAUAAUAGCCAUUGCAAGGGGAUCAUCUCAACUCCAACAGCUCAGCAUAACUGGACUCGCGAAUAUGGGAGAUGUGUCAAUGGCUGAGAUUGGGGAAGGUUGCCCAUUACUCAAGAAUUUAGUUCUGAGGCGGUGCGCACAAAUAACAGAUGCUGGUUUAGGCCAACUUGUUAGGAAUUGCACAGGGCUGGAGUCAUGUUACCUGGUUCGAUGCCCUCGCAUUACUGCAGUUGGAGUUGCCUCUGUCGUCACCUGUUGUGCUAACAUAAGAAAGAUCAUGGUUGAGAGUGGUAAGGUAAGCGAGAGGACCAAACGCCGGGCAGCUUCUAGCAACAGUUCAAGGAAGAUUGAAUGGAUAUACUGCCCUUACUAGCUGCAGAAGUGUUUAGUCGAAGUUUGUGUAAUGUACCCUUAAUUGAGUUUAGAACUUUGAGAUGAAAGAGGAUUUUUCUAUGUGACAUGUACUGAUGUAAACAUCUAAUAAAAGUGGACCUCAAAUAGCAAAGACCAAAUAAAACACAAGUUCUAAACCCAAUAGAGUAGAAAUCU